UAUAAGAACACCGCAUUAGCAUUCUCAGAUUAUCUUGGGUGCUCUCAGCGAUAGACAAACUUCAACGCAAAGAGCUCUAGGAAAAACCGUCAUGGCUUCAGCUUUUCUUUUGUGUGUAGUUGUGGCACUCAUGUUCGCCGGAAGUCAGUCGGAAUCAAUGUCCAAAUCCUGCAGUUUUGUGAAUGGCAAAAUGCAGUGCGAGGAGCAAAGAAGCCAAGGAAACAUCGCCAUGUCAUCCUCUCAGGCUGGUACAGGUAGCGGUGGUGACUACAUGAGAACCGCUGCUGGCACUGGAAAUACCGGAACUGGAUCUUUCAGUUCUUCCCAAAGUUCUAGCGGUAACGUGCCCCCGGGAUUUAAUCCAUUUGCUUUUGUUCCUGGAUACGUAUAUGGUCCUCAACAGACAGAUGAAGACAGCGGUUACCCUCAGACAGGAUUUAAUCCAUUUGCUUUCGUACCUGGAUUCGUAUUUGGUCCGCAACAACAAGACCAACCUUACGGUUACCCUCAGACAGGAUUUAAUCCAUUUGCUUUCGCACCUGGAUUUGUAUUUCGUCCACAACAACAAGACCAACCUUACGGUGAUGAACCUCCGAGAGCAAAUCCAAAUCCAUUUGGAGGAGCAUUUGCAGGAGGGUUCGCCGUUGCUGGACCAGGAGUUGCAGUUGGAGCGGGUAAUGUACCACCACAAGGAUUUCCAGGAUUAUUUGAUCCCUUCGCAUUCGUAUUCGGACGAUAAAGAUAUUCCAAAAAAAUUACGGACGUGCAUAAUGCGGAAGACGGCUUGAAGUUCUUUCCUGUCUGGUGUUUGGCAUGUGUGUAAUUUUCUUGUAGAAUAAAUUUAUAAUUGCAGCUAUUCAA